CACCGGCGUGCCUCGGCUCAGUUCUUGGCACUCCGAUCAGCAAGCUGUGUGUGAUUGUGAUUUAAUACUUUGAUAAAAGGGAAUAUAGUUAAAAAUGUCGGCGUCACCAAUUGCAAGGCAAGCGACGCACAGUCAAGCCAUACCUUCGAGGAGAGUCCUCAUUACAGACCCUGCCCAAAUGCCUGAUGUAUACUCUAGCACACCAGGAGGCACCAUUUACUCUACCACGCCUGGAGGCACUCGCAUAGUCUACGAAAGGUCUUUUAUGAUGUCACUACGACAGUCACCAAUAUCACAGACACCACCCAAGUGUUCUCUACCUGCUGCGCUUUUAAAGAACCCAUCGAGCGCGCAGCAAUCCCCUGCGACUCCUGCGCAGAAACCACGCUCGAAUUCCAUUUCAUUCGACGAAUCACAGGAGACGUUUAGUAUGGAUCUCUAAUUUGAAUAAGUUAGUACCAACAUAAUUCGUGUCUUCUGAAAUCCAUGAAAAGAAGAAAAAAUCAAAUCAAUCUCAUUGGAUAAUAUCCAUUAUAGAUUGGAUCACACCAAACGAAUAAGCGUAAACAGACUGAUUUGUUUGGUUAUUAUUUUUGUGUUUAUGUUCUACAUAUUGUGAAUAUGUACAUAAUAUGUACAUCGUAGCGGUCAUUGACGUUUCAGUUGUAAUAAUAUCAUACGAUGCUCUAGCGACUAGACAAAUGCCAAUGCCGAUAUCAAUUAUUCUUUUUAAUAUUCUUACGUAAGACUUAUUUAUCAAUCACAAGAUCUACGAUUAAAUUUAACAUAAGUUACCUUUGGUUAAUGUUUAUAUUAUUUAAAGGAACCAAAGUUAAGCAAAACUUAACAUAAGAUGUUUGACUGCCUUUUUAGUCCAGUAGUUUGUGGGGCUGCAUAUCAAGUGGCCCUGGGGCCGAGCAGUGGCUUCAAACAGUUACUGAUUUUUCUCAGUAUCAGCCCGCAGUUUUUCAUGCGACUGAAUUAGUUUUAGUAGUUAAGAUGGUAGGUCCAUUGGAGAAUAUGAAGUGCACCUGUGUCUGCGUAUAGACUUUGUAAAACUCAUUGAUCUCCACUUUAAGUAUUUGUUUUAAUGUAAUCUGGCAACAGAAAGUAUCUAAGACAAGUCUGCUGGAUAACUUUUAUUCGCUUGGUGUGUCAUAGACAUUAUUUUUUUAUCAAAGGCAUGAUUAUUUUAUUGUUUGGCCAAUAUAUUAUAUAAAAUUCUAGUCACAUACUAUGACGGGAUAUUUGAUUCAUUUUUAUUACUAUUAUUUGUGUAAUAGUAACUGUAUUAAGAUCGACAAUUUUGUUUUUUUUUUGGCUGUAGCAAGUAUUUAGUUUGGUAAUUAUUGUUGAAAAUAGGUUUUAUCUUACGCGUGACUGAAACGUUUGCGAUAGGAAUACAAUCCUUUGCCAAAAUAUAUUAAUAAAAAAAAAUUUACAAUUUUUAAUGGAAUGGCUGAUAAUUGCGUUGGUUAUUUAUAUUUAAAAAAAAAUCAAAGAUAAUGUCUAAAUAUAGAAUGUCACACGUAUUUUUUUUAAAAUCCUAAAUAUAAAUGGCAAAGGAAACAUGUAAAUACGACCUAGAUUUAAGUUGCGUAUAACGCACAAUUAAAAAGUAUUUGUCUGUAUUUUUAUGCAAGUGCCAUUGUACAAUAGAAGUUAAUUUUAAGAUAAUUUUCUUCUUUAAAUGGUGUUGCGAAAUGGGUAAUCUCAGUAUGGUUGAGAUACACGGUAAAUGAUAUGUAUAGGUCACAUUAUUCAUUAUUUAAUGUUUUAAUUAUGACAAUAAUUGAUGUACUAUAGUUACAGGUCGCUUAAACAAUGUGAUAAUAUUGAAGACAGAAAUAGCUUUGUCUCUUUCUCGCUUGAUGAACUAUCAAAUAGAUUUAACAAAGUUAUAAAGAGAGAAUGAUUGUUAAUAACGAUAGCGUUAAAACAAAACAACUGCAGUGCUAUUAUUUUAUAAAACUUCAAACUCCCGUCUAUUCUCCUGUUACCGUUCUGUUAACAAACACACCCAGAUUAUGGUAUGAAGUUAUGUAUGUAUCAGCAAAGACAAGGGGUUGUUACUUGAAUGUCAUAACUAGUUUAAAGCGAAAGGGUGCAUAUUUUAAACAAAAGGUCGUAUUCUCAGUAGUGAAUAUAAUAAAUUGUUCUAAAAUCUCACCACCGUUGGCUUAUGCGGCCAGUAACUUUAGAGAUAUUCCUAGUUUUUUAAAUGUUGUUUUUAAAAAUAUAAUUAUGUUAAUAAUCAGACUGUAACUCAAAGUUAUUCGACUUAUUGAUAUAUAUUGGUAAUGGUUCUAAUGUUGAAAUUAAAAUAAUACUAAGUUCGUGAUUAUUAUCCAGAUGUUGUACAAAGCAUUUACCAACAUUAAUUGAUAUUUCUUGUUUUUAAUCAGAGAUUAAGUAUGAGUAUAUUGUUACUAUUAAAUUGAAAGAUACAGAUAAAAAAUGUAUACUAAACAUUUUUAUUUUUUAUUUUAAGAAAUAAGUAACAUAAAGUUCUCAUAGACAAGUAAUAUUUUUAAUAAUCGAUUAUUAUGUAUUUUGAUAUUACAUUUUAUAAACUGCCAAUAAUUACAAUUAAAAAUAAAUGUUUAAGUAAUA